AUUCAUCAGUGUUUAUAAGACAUUGAAAUUUCAAGACAACGCGUCUAUGUUGUGAUAGGCCUCCAGUAGCAGUCCAUCUCAAUGCGUGUACUAGAGACAGGGACGAGUCAAACAGUUAGUAUGGGCAAGAAAAAGCACAAGUUGCGUCAUGGAAAGAAGGACAUUGACUUGAAUAGUGAGUCUUCGGAUGAGGGCCUUCAAGCUACAGGUCAGACAUGCCCCCACAUCAAUAAGUCUGUCAACCUUAAUGCAAUGAAGAAGUCAUUGAAACAACAAGGUGCAAUUGGAGAAUGUGUGACAUGUGUAAAGAAUGCCAGCAAAGGUGGAGCCAAGCCAGUCAUGUCCCCCUCAGACGAGGAUGUUGGCAUAAUUGUUUGCCUUCAAUGUGGAAAUCAGGGAUGUGAUCGUUACUCUAAGGAACGUCAUGCAGUGCAACAUUAUAUGCAGCCUCGGUCAACCUCACAUUCCUUGGUCAUCAACCUCAACAGUUGGCUUAUAUGGUGUUAUGACUGCGAUGAUGAGGUGAAUUCUGGGAGUAGCAAACGUCUCUUAGAAUGUGUCGAUUUUUUACGUAAAGCGCUCUCUUCAGCAUCUACCCAGCAGGCAACACAAAUACCAGGCAAAAAGGCAGGGAUUGAAGGAAGUGAGCCCAGUGCCAAUGAAGCUGUUGAAGCAGUUGCUGCUAAAUCUGCCACUAAGCAGCCAAACAACAGUAUUCUGCCAAAAGUCAAGGGCCUAAGCAAUCUUGGAAACACAUGUUUCUUCAAUGCAGUUAUGCAGAAUCUUAGCCAGACCCAUAUUCUUGAGCAGCAGUUAUUGCAAUGCAGCAAAGAUGUCAAAAUGACAUUGCCAGGACGUGAGGCCAUCAAAUGUGACGAUGAUGAUGACGUCAUGCUACCUAAACUUAUGCCAAUGGAGAUUCGCCUCUCAGACUGCGUAGGCUUGACAAUGGCAUUGCGCUCAUUUAUCCAUGAUAUGACAUCAUCGAGUAAAAAUUCAACCAUCAGUCCCUCGACCCUCUUUGGCCAAGUUUGUAAAAAAGCUCCAAGAUUUAAAGGUUUUCAACAACAAGAUAGCCAUGAGCUGUUACGCCACCUAUUAGAUGGAAUGAGGGCAGAGGAAAUAAAGAGGAUUCAAGGUGGGAUACUACAAGAGUUCCAGAGGCCAGGGAUUACUCCUAAAGACUUUGACAAAGAGACUAAGCUAAAAAUCAAAGAAUAUGGUCGUCAGGGUAAACAUACAUUUGUUGACAGUGUGUUUGGGGGCAACCUCAUCAGUACAGUCAACUGCGAGGAGUGCAAUACACCAUCCCAAGUCUUUGAAGCAUUCCUUGACCUGUCACUACCAAUUGUGGUUGAAAAGCCAACACGCAAUAAUAAUGGCUCUCACCGCAAAGGGAUUAUGGGAUUGGAGAAGACGGAUGAGCUUGCGGGUGCUAUAGAUGGCUUCUCCACAAAUGCGAGGCAAUCAAAAUACCAGGAUAAGAAAUCAAAGAAACAAGCAAAGCGAGAUUCAAAGAAGAGACGUAAGAAUGUGAAAAAUUUGGAAAUGCCUGCACAACCUUCUAUUGAUGAUGUGGAAAUAACUGAUAAGGUGCAAGAGACCUCUUCUAAUGGCAAUAAAUCACCAAUUAUCUCAGAUGCUGAUAUUGAAGAUAAUCUUGACAGUGAUUUAUCCAAAAAUCGAUUCAGUAACCUUGACGACAGUCAGAUAUCUGCUCAAAACCAAGACAAAAUGACCAAUCCCCAAACUACUAGUGCUCAAAGCCCUGAGAGGAAAAGUCCAUUAGUUAGCCAAGGGUCAGCAGGUAGUAGUGAAGAUAGCAACGAAGUAGUUGUUGCCAUAUCAACCACCAAUGGACAGAUUGAUGAGGUGCAUGUUGAAGAUGUAGAUAAGGAGCAUGGAAGCAAAACUAUAGAACAGUCCAAAGACAUUAAAGAAAUUACGGAAAAACUACAAGAAGUGACUAUAAAACAGUCUAAUUUAGAAAAUAAAAAUAAUACAACCAAACUACUUCCUGCGAAUGAUGAUGUCAUACAAAAUGGUGUGUCAAAUAGCAAUAGUGGUAGUACUUCCGGUUCAGAUGCCUCAAAUGUAGUUCCCUGUAAGAUGUCCGGAGCCUCAUCAAGUUUACGCAUUGAUGCCAUGUUAGAAUCAAUGCGGCCGCUAGGAGAGCGAUACCAGACUAAAUCAUUUGAAUGCUCCGUUGCGUCAUGUCUUAAUCAGUUUAUAUCAGCUGAGCUGUUGACGGGAAACAAUAAAUUUGGUUGCGAGACUUGUACUGGGAAACGCUAUAAGGAUCAGCCAGAAUCAGUGAAGAAAGAACGAGUCUACACCAAUGCCAGUAAACAACUGUUACUGUUCUCUCCCCCAGCAGUGCUGACUCUUCACCUCAAGCGUUUCCAACAGGUUGGGAUGCGUCUGAGGAAGGUAGAUGCGCCAGUGCAGUUCCCUCUUAUCUUGGACAUCGCUCCAUUUUGCAGCUCUUUGGCACAGGGUGUGCAACCAGGCCAGAAGAAGGUCCUCUAUUCCUUAUAUGGUGUUGUUGAACACAGUGGGCGGUUGUCUGGUGGCCAUUACACUGCCUAUGUGAAAAUGCGUCAACCAAAUCCGAGAAUAAAGCACUUUCUACAACAUACCAGUAUCAAUGAGAUUAACCUUGAAAAAAUCUAUACCCUGAUACAUCAGUUGAGUAGCAUUGAUGGUGAACAGGAAGACGAACAGACAAUUGAACCAUCAUCCGGCAAAUGGUAUUACGUGAGCGAUUCAAGUGUGAGAGAAACAAAUGAAUCAGCAGUACUCAGGUGUCAGGCUUAUAUCUUAUUCUAUGAAAGAAUAUAUUGACCCAGUGCUAUUGACAUGUAGUAUAAUUUAAUGAAGGUAUUGCAAUAUCAAGGAUUAUAGGUCCAAAUUUUCAUAGUCAUGGAACCCUUGUUAUAUUUUGGUGUUGAAAUAUUAUUAUCCCAUUGAACAAAGUUUGAAAUAUUAAGAAGUCCAUCCAUUGAUCUUUUUGUCUGUCUGGGUUAUGACUCAAAUAGCAUUUGAUGAAUUUGGUUCAAAGUUUUUAGGUGAUUUGAUAUAAAAUGUUUUGUUCAGUGGGAUUUGCU